CGGAGCAGAACAAACUCCAACUGCUCCCCGCGCGUGGGCGCAGCCCGCUCGAUCCUUCGCAGGCCUCCUCCUCGGUGGGCACCGGCCGUUGGAAGCGCCGCGUCAUGGAGACCCCCACGCUUCUGAAUGUGACGUCGCCUCGGGCGGUCGAUGCUGGUCGCAGCAUGGAGUUCGAUGCAGAGGCGCAGGCGCAGUGCUGUCCCAGCCCCGUCGCCGCAGCCGCCGCCCAGGAGCCGCGGGCUGGCAGCAGCUCCGACGCCACUUCCAGCGCCUGCGACGCCGCCGAGGCCAAGGGCGGCACGCGGUCCGAGAGGUCGGCGCGGUUCGAGGCCGGCGUCCUGGUGCUCUCGGCGCUCCUCUUGGCGCUGUUCCUGUCCAUCGACCUGGACCCGGACAGGCCCGAUGCCUCGAAGGCCGCGGCCGUGCUCCUGAUCACGGCUCUCUGGUGGUUUACGGAGAUCAUUCCUCUGACCAUCUCCAGCCUCCUGCCCCUGGUCAUGUACCCGCUGCUCGGGGUCGUGAAGAUGAGCGAUCUCGCAAGCCGCUAUUUCAGUGGCACGUCGUUCCUUUUCGUGGCUGGCUUCUUCAUCGGUCUGGCCAUCGAGCGCUGGGGUCUUCAUUCGCACUUCGCCUGCUGCAUCGUGAGUCGAGCCGGAUCGCGGAUCGAGUUUUUGAUUGCAGGUUUUAUGGUUAGCGUGUGGUUAUUGAGCAUGUGGAUUUCAAACACAGCGACGAUCCUCUGCAUGCUCCCAGUGGCACGGGGGUUCCUGGACACCAUGCCUGCGGGUCACGAGGCAUUUCAGGGCGCGUUCUUGCUGGCAAUGGGCUACAGCGCGACCAUCGGCGGCAUCGCCACCCCUGUGGGUACCCCCACCAAUGGUAUCUUCAUGGAACAGUUCGAGAUCUUCUGGCCUUCGGAGGGCGAGUUCUCCUUCGCGAAGUUUUUCCUCUGCGCCCUCCCCCUCUCUUUCGUGUUGCUGACGAUCGUCUGGAUCGGGUUCUGCGCCGUAUUCGUCUGGGGUGCAAAAGAGCGCAUCCCCAUAGACCGGGAGGUGUUCCGCAGCAUGCAGAAGGAGCUCGGCAAAGUGACCUUCGAUCAGAUGGUGGUGGCAGCGGACCUCCUGGUCCUCAUCGUGCUUUGGUUCACCGCCUCUCCCAUCGGCAGCUUCCCUGGUUGGAAGCAGUACGUCGCCAGCGAGCUCAACAGCGGCUCCAUAGGUCUCGCACUGACACUGCCUCUGUUCUUCCUGCCCUGCGGCUCGCGGCUGCCAGCGUCUUGGCGCCGGCUCGUCGGGGAGGAUCGCUGCCUCUCCCGAGCGCCCCCCCAGGAGGGCGAGCAGCGGGCCCGCGGCAUCCUCGACUGGGACAUGGUGAAGGGCAGCUUCCAGUGGGAGAUCCUCUUCGUCUUCGGGGGAGGCGCGGCGAUCGCACACGGCACCGUCCAGUCCGGACUUGCUGCCUGGGUCGCCGAAAACUUGGGCGCGGUCCAGACCGGCGAGACGGCCUUUCUGCUGAUGGUGGCCUCGGUCAUCUGCUUCGUCACCGAGGUGGUGUCCAACAUGGCUACCCUGUCGAUUUUUGGCUCGAUCAUCGCGGCAACAGCCCAGCUCAAGGGAUACAAUCCCGCGCAGUUCCUCCUCGUCGUGACGUUCGCCUCCUCCUUCGCCUUCAUGCUGCCGAUGGCUGGUGGCCCAAACAUGGUGGUCUAUUCGACUGGCAAGGUUUCCGUGGCCGACAUGGCGAAGUACGGGCUCGUCCUGAACCUCCUGGCCGUCGUCCUCGGCGGCCUGUACAUGGCCUUCGUGAUGCCCACCCUGCUCGGCUCAUACUCAGACCUCCCUGCGCCAUCCGCGGCUGCUUGA